AUGGGCAAGAAUAGGAUGUUUAGAGUGGACAAAAUACCUGAAAAUUUACUAUUAACUCAACUCGUACCUCUAUCAGUAUUAUCCGGGGUCCUAUUAAGACCAAUGACUAAUGAAGAAAUAAGUGGUAUUAUGCUUGAUUCAUAUUUAACUACGGAUACGGUCGCAAAUACUUUAUGUUAUGCAUUAUAUUAUAUUUCACAUCAUCCAAGUGUUAAAAAAAAAUUGGUUGAAGAGAUAAAAACAGUUUUUAAAGAUGAUCUGACGAGACCGAUAACUCUAGAUGACCUUAAUAAGUUAAGAUAUUGUGAAGCAGUUAUUAAAGAAUCGGCAAGAAUAAGACCUACGUUCAGCAUGAUUUCAAGAAUAACUAGUCAACCUGAAGAAGUGGAGGGAUUUAAAUGA